AUGGCAAACCCAAAUCACAGAGCAAUCAAUCAAAUGGAAAAACUUUCCAGAAAGAAAGACCAAGUACUCCAAGUCGAAGAAGAAGAAGAAAGACAGGAGGGAGGUCGGUUCAAGUGUGCUCACAUCCUCCUCUCAUAUUUACACCCUACAGAACUAGCUUCCAUCACAUCAUCCUGCAAAACCCUAAACCACAUCUCCAACUGCAUCACCGCCUCAAGAUCCUCCGACGCUUCCAGAGGCCUUGAGAACCUUCUCAUCCCUUUCUUCAACCUCGUCAACCACCAUCCCUACUCCUACUUCAACUACACUCUUAUUUGCCAUUGGGAAGUGGAGUGUGGGAAUCGGUUGAUUCAGAGAGGGGUCUGUGUUCGAUUGAAAAUUGUGAAAAAUGGGAGGAAAAGUUGGGCAUUGCGUACCGGUAAGAUCAAUGGGAGUGGCCAAUUUGUUUAUGAAUAUACUAAACUAGAAUCGACCAGGCACACCUCAACUUUGCAAAUCGGUGAAGUUCCCUGA